ACCUUCACCACCUUCUCUUGCGCCUGGCGCGCACCGUUCUCCUCUCCGCAGCAUUCCCUACCACCAUGCCGCACACUGGCACCCCUUACUGCGUCCGCAACGCGCUGCAGUCCCUCUUCGCCGAGUUUCACGCGAGCUCCCGAGCCGCAUAUCGACUUUCGCAGCGCCGCCAGUUCCACGACUAUUUCGUAACUCAUUUACCUUCGACGUCCUUAUCACCUGAUAAGCGAACACCUUCACAUCACAAGCUUCCGAGAUCGGACUCCACGCCUCACUCUGGACCUUCAGACCGAAGCACCCGAGCACCAAGCGAUCGAGAGACGACCGUGGUGAGAAUACCACUGAAGAGCGCCAAGCAUCACUUCGGGGCCGGCGUCAGUAGAGGGAGCAGGCCCUACAAUGAGGACACCUAUCAGGCAGGCACGGUAGAAAUACCAGCCUUCGCGAAAAAGCAACCCGUGAGCAUCAGCGGGAAGCGCGAAAUCAACCAAAAUGUGGGCUCCACUAGGGCCACAGGCGACCCACAAAUCUUCUACUUUGGCGUGUUCGAUGGGCACGGAGGGAGUGAGUGCUCAGAGUUCUUGCGAGACCGGCUGCAUGGAUACAUAGAAGAGGCAGCACUCCUCUUCGGGCUGGAGAGCACGCUACAGAAUGGCAACGGGUCUACUUCGGCUGGAGGGUCUGGGAUCAUGGGCUCUCAGGAUGCGGAAGAUUUACAACGGAGUUUGAUCACUUCUUGGAAAGAGACUGUCGGAGGAUACUUCAAGCGCUUUCGUCCAGAAUACUUUCCAGCUGUGGCGAGUGGCGACGAGGAGACCGUCAGCAGUAAUUCGAUCGAGACGGUACUCACGUAUGCCUUCUUGAAGGCGGAUCUGGACUUUACCACUGCGCAAGCCAAAAAGCAGAGCGAACAUGCCAGUGAGCAGGAGAAGGCCGCGCAAAAAGCCCUGAAGGAGAGCCAGUCAUCUACCGACGACCCUGUGUUGGGAGAUAGGCCCCUCAAUGACGGAGACAUGCUCUUCCAUCCCGAGCGAGAAGCUUCACAGAACCUCACCAGUCGGCCUGCCCCUCGUGGCUCAUCGCCGAAUCUGGACGCUGCAAUCGGUGGCAAGAAGCGCUUCCAGGGAGGAUCAACGGCCUCGAUCGCACUCAUCUCCACGCCAUCUCCUACCCCGUUCUGGCACCCCAGUAGUCCGUCUACCCUGACUGCAGCACAUGUCGGCGACACUCGUAUUCUCCUCUGCCGGACAGACGAUGGCUCUGCAGUGCCAGUAACGCAAAAUCACCACCCAUCCAUGCCUGUCGAAGCCCGCCGGCUGCGUCGAUACGCCGCAUCCUUCGUCACGGACAGCUUCGGCGAAGAGCGCAUUUCUGGCCUUGCCAACACCCGUGCCUUCGGUGAUAUCGGCAGCAAACGUAUUGGUGUCUCAGCUGAACCUCAGAUCACUACUAUUCAGCUCACACCCGCAGGUUACUCUUUCCUCGUCCUCAUGUCUGAUGGCGUCUCCGGCCACUUGGAAGACCAGGAGAUUGUAGACAUCGUUAAGGAGGCCAAGACCCCUGCGCAAGCGGCAAGUGACCUGAUUAGCUUUGCGGUGGAGACGGCAGGAGAGGCCGAUAAUGCUACCGCAUUGGUCGUAAGAUUGGGUGGAUGGGAAAGAAGAAUGGAAGGUGGCAAUGGUAGUCUUGGAACCAAGGAGCAGAGGGCUUUCCGCCAGAGAGAAGCGGACGACCCCAGGUCGCGGAGGCAGUAGAACUUUUACCUUUCACUUGGACACAAUCGAUAUCACUUCUGCAGGCUGCGCAAUCUCGAAUGCCACGAAAACAUGUUAUUGCGCGCCAUUCGCUCAUUUUGUAGCGAGCAACUGCCCCAAAAUCCAGAAACAUUGAUCCGGG